AUGGUACCGUGUAGUGUCACAGCUGAGCUUAGCAGGCUGCUGAGUAUGAUUUUUGAUGACUUCAGGGAAUCUGAGGGCUAUAUUAAGUUUUACUUUAAAAAAUUAUUGAGCACACAUGUGCCAUCAAGUCCAACGUCCCAGAUUUAUUCUAUUUCUUCUGACAAAAUGCAUAACAAUGAUCGCUACUCAGACCAUUCUUUGGCUCCUGAAAAUUACUUGGCCUUAGAAAAAAAUGAUUCUCAGAAUUUAUUGAUAUAUCCUUCUGAAAAUGAUAUUGAGAAAUCAAUUAUUUUUAAUCAAGAUGGUACUAUGACAGUUGAGAUGAAAGUUCAAUUCAAGAUAAAAGAGGAGGAAACCAUACAAUGGACAACCACUGUCAGUAGAGUUGGUCUUUCUAAUAAUAACAAAAAGAGUGAGAUAAGCAGUUUUUCAGGAAGAACAGAUGAUCGAUCAUCUGGUUUAAAGAUUGCAGCAUGUUCAUUGUCUGCAGAUGUCUCACCUCUGGAGAAAGGCAAUAAUCAAGAGGGCAGUUUGGCAGAGGAAAUAAACACUCAAAUGACAGAUCGAGAGGCUGAAAGUUGCAGUUCUGUGAGUUGGGAGAAUGCUGCUAUGGACACAGAUGCCAUCCAGGGAAUUCAGGACCAAGUGAAGCAUCAUUAUUAUAGGCCCCCUACACCGAGACCAAGGAGAGUGAGACAAAAGAAAUCUGUGAUAGAGAGUGUGACCUUAGUAUCUGAAACUGAAGUUCAAGAGAAAACGAUUAGACAGUUUUCCUGUGGUAAAGAAAGGGAAGAUGGGGAAAACAAGUCUGAGUAUCACGUGUUCACCCAUUCUUGCAGUAAAAUGUCAUCAGUCGCUAACAAACCAGUACUUGUUCAGAUCAAUAACAGUGAGCAGAUGGAGUCAUCUUUAGAAAGAAAAAAGGAAAGCAGACUACUCAAGUCAAGUGCAGUAGGUGCUGGUGUUGUAGAAAUUACGAAUCAGAAGAUGUUAGAGGUGUCCCAUAAUAAUGGCUUGCCACAGGCUAUAUUAGAAAACUCAAUUGUAGAGGAAGGUAUAGUUGAUAGUGUGACAUUAGACAACAAAACUAAUAUCAAAAACUUCAUAACUUAUGGUGACACCAGUGAUAGAUUCAGUCCUGUUGUAGCACAUGCAACUCAUUCUUCAAGUAACCACUCUGGAACUGGCAAAACUAUUUCUGAGACCCCAAAACUAUUUGAGACCCCGGCUUCAGUGGGAUCCUCUACUGUCACCACAAGAAUUGACAGACUAAUUAGUGAAUUUGCCAAGUGUGGUUUAGCAAAACUUCCAGAAAAUGAAAAGCAGAUUUCAUCAUCUGUUGCCAGCAAAAAGAAGUCGAAAUCUCAGCACCAAAUGAUAAUUGCCAGGCAUCAGAAUGGGGAUAUUGCAGCUAAAGCAAUCUCCAGUGAAAGUAAGAGAAAGAACACAGGAGAUAGAAUUGCACAGGAAACCAUAUUGCAAGAUACAUACAGUCCCAUUAAAGGAGGGAUACUUUGUGAGGAAGACCUCCGUGCAAGUGAUAUGGUAAUUGAAUCAAAUUAUUUUUGUUCGAAAAGUAAUCUCAAUCCUGUAAAUUCCAAGAAUUUCCAUAGAAAUAAAUUAAAUACUAUUCAGAAUCCUAAGAUUCAAGGACUUUUAACCAAAAGAAAAUCCAGACCACUAAACAAAGUAAGCUUAGGAGGACCUACAAAAAGAGAAAUUGGUCAAGGAGAUAAAGUAUUUUCCCAUAAUGAGUUUAAAUAUUGCAAAAAUACUUUUGAAAAUAAAAAAUUAUUUCAUGUGUUUAACUUCCUUGAGGAGAAACCCAGUGCUUUUUGUGGACCACAGGCUCAAGCAGAAAUGGCAUCUUGGUAUUUGAGAGAAACAGCAAAGAAGAGUUUAGUUUCAAAAGUUAAUAAUUCACAUAUAACUUUCAAAAGCCAGAAAAAGCAAAAAGGGGACAAGUUGAAAUCAGGUACUCUUGUAAGUAAACAACAUGCUACAACCAGGGCAAAUUCCUUAGCUUCUUUGAAAAAAGCUGUUUUUCCUGAGGAUAUUGCCCAUCAUUCAGUUCAAAAUUAUAUACAGAGAUGGUUGCAGAACAUAAAUCCACAUUCAACUUUGCAACCUAGAAAAUCAACUCUAGUAUGCAAAAGGGAAAGGAGUAUGGUAAGUCGUAACAACAAUAGUUUUCCAGGAAAUACAUUCCACACAAGUUCUGGAAAAGGAAAUAAUUUUGUCGUGGAAAAUAAGAAGCACAUAACUAAAAAUGCCUGUUUGACAGGAGAUAAUCUAGGUAAAGAGGAAGGUAAAUCUUUUGACAAAGAUAACAGUGAAGAACUUACCAAAGAUCUCUAUGAGAGCCAGGUUGGUUCUCUGAAUGAUGCAUACUUGCUUUCCUUGCGUAAAUAUUGUACUUUGUCACACUCAGCUAUUGAUGAUCAUAAUACUACCAGUCAGGUAUCUGCUGAAAAGUCAGGACCAGAGGUAAGCCUUGUUUAUCAAGAAAUAAACCUAGCAACAAAAGGGCGAAGUGUAGAGGCUGCCAUUCAAGUAGAUCCUAUAGAAGAGGAUAUUGCAAAACACCUCUUACCAGUCCUGUUGCUUUGCCAACUGCAAGCUUUAGUUUCUAGUAUUUGCAAGUUUCAGAAUGGAGUUGUUCAAAUACCAGGUUCACUUGCAGAUGUUCCCUUCCCUUCCCCAAUAUGUAAUUCAUCCACUAAUGUCCUCCUAGCUUGGCUCCUGGUGCUAAACCUAAAGGGAAGUAUGAAUAGCUUCUGUCAAGGUGAUAUUCACAAGACUACCAACAGAACUUCAGAAAUACCUGCAUUGUUGGAGGUUCUAAAGCGUAUUGCCAUCACAGAAGAGGCUGAUGACUUGAAAGCUGCUGUUGCCAAUUUAGUGGAGUCAACCACAAAUCACUUCGGACUUAGUGAGAAAGAACAAGACGUGGUUCCAAGAGGUCUUUCUGCAAAUUGUUCCACACCAAACAUUCAGAGAGUUCUUAAGUACAUUGAAAAAGAAAAAAUACAGAACAUAUCCUCUUUAGAGGGAGGCUACUCUGCCAGUGAGAACUGUGCCCCUGAAGUCUGUGUUUCGGAGUUGACUUGCUUUCCAUGUGAGAUGAGCACUGUGAAUAAGACUUAUCCUCCAAAAGAGACUAGUAACGCCAUUGACACUUUUUUCCCUAGUGAUGGCUGUGCCGUGGAUCAGAGCUCCAUGAAUAAGGCUUGUUUCCUAGGAGAGGUCUGUUCACUUACUGAUGAUGUGUCUUCCCAUAAGGCUUGUGCUCAUGAGGAAAACCGUAUCUAUGAGGCAGCUUGCCCAAUUGAUGAGGCCUACAUUCCCAGUAAAGUCUGCAGUAACAAUGACAUUUUAAAUUCCAAAGAUACUGAUAAUUUGGAAUUGACUGAAGAGUUAGAAAGAGUUGAUAAAGUUCAGAAAGACCUAAAUAUUUCGGUGUCACACCAAAAUAUCAGUAAUUUAAGCCACUGUGGCCUUUUCCUAAAUGCAAGUGAAUCAGGAUUUGAGAAGGAACAUAGUUUUCUGGAUGAAUUUCAAAAUUGUUCAUUAAAGAAAUUUCAGGAUAAAAAUGCAUAUACAUCUUUUGAUAAGGAAGAAUCAAAGACUUCUGAAGAACCAGGCUCAAUAACCAACAGCAUGGCAUCAAGUGAAAGAAACAUUUCAGAAUUGGAAUCUUUUGAAGAAUUAGAAAACCAGGGCACCGAUAUCUUUAAUACAAAAGUAAAUACUGGAGAGCAAACCACUGAAGAAUCAAUCCGAAAGGAGUUAGAGGCUAAUAAAAAUUUGGAGUUGAUAGAAGUCUCUAGCGGGACUAUUAUGGAAGAAGAAAGAAAGAAAGGUGUAAUUCAUGAGACAAUCAGUAGGAGGCUGGCAACACCACCAUCUUUAGUGUUUUGCUAUGAUUCUAAACAAAAUACUGAAAAGGAACUCAAUAAAGGGGAAACUAAAAUGAGAGUAAAAAUGAUGGUGAAAAGCAUGGAAAUUGGAAGUUAUUCAGAGUCCUCUCUUGAUUUUAAAAACUGCUUUAAAAGUCCAAUGACUUCUGAUUGGUCAGACUAUAGACAAGAUAGUGAGAAUGAGCAACCAUAUAAAACAUCCAGUGAUGGCCCCAAUGACAGUGGUGAGGUGAUUGCCCGUGAGAAAGAAUACAAUAAAGGAGUUGUUAAAAGGACAGUAGAAAAACUUUAUGGUAAAGCAGAGAUUAUUAAACCAUCUUUUUUUUCUGGAUCUUCACAUAGAUCUCAGGUUUGUCCUUACAAUUCUAUGGAAUUUCAGUGUGCUAGGAAAGUAGGUCUUUAUGAUUCUGAAGGUCAGCCAUUUAGCACUUCUGUACAGAUUUCUAGUAGUUCAUCUAUGUUGCAAGAAUUUCAGGAUGAAAGACAAGAUAAAUGUGGCUUUAAUGAUGUGAGGGCCAAUUAUAAUGGAGAAGACAAAGUAGAACUUGGUACAAGACAAAAUGGUCAUAAGAGAAUCCCCAGGGACAUAGAGGAAGGAGUGCUGAUUGACAAAGGCAAGUGGCUCCUGAAAGAAAAUCACUUGCUAAGAGUAUCAUCUCCUGAAAAUUUUGGCAUAUGUGGCAAUGCAGACACCGCAUCAGUGGAUUCUCUACCUGAUAAUAACAGCAAUGAGGUACCAUAUUCGCAUUUUGGAAAUUUGGCAUCAGGCCCAGACAUGGCUGAACUGUCCUCUUCAGAAUUGGAGGAACUGACUCAACCUCUUGAACUGAAAUGCAAUUAUUUUAACAUGCCUCAUUGUAGUGACUCUGAGCCUUUUCAUGAGGAUUUGCUAGAUGUUCAAAAUAAAACUUGUGCCAAGGAGAGAAUACCAAAUCACCAUGCAGAGGAGCAGGGUAAUCAUCGGCCAGAAAGAGUAUGCACAUCCAUCACUCAUGUUUUUACAACUGCUGGUAACAGAGUCCAUCCUGUCUCUGAUGAUACUAUUAAAAACCAACCAUUGCCUGGUGGUAAUGUAAGUCAUGGUGCACUUCAGGAAGGUGACUCUUUGGAUAAACUCUAUUUUAUUUGUGGUCAACAUUGCCCAAUACUAACUGUUAUUAUCCAACCUAUAAAUGAAGAAGACAGAGGAUUUGCAUAUUGCAAAGGUUCUGAUAUUGAAAAUUCCUUGGGUCUCCAUUUGUGGAUGAAAAUAUAUCCAUAUUUACUACAGUCAAACAAGAACGUGUUCAGAGAUGAGAACAAUAAAGCAAGUAGGAGGAAAGCAUUUAUUGAUAAUGCCAUUAGCAAUACAUUUCAUCGGCUUUAUUUCCAUAACACAUUUGAAUUGAUGGAUAAAAGAGGAAAAUUAAAAGGAAUUAAGGUCUUGGACUUAGAGGAAGAAAAUAAUUUAAAGAAAUUUCAAUCAUAUUUAAAGAAAAGGUUUUGCGUGAAUUUCUUGCACAUGUUGUUAGUUGUGGGUGAUGUGAAUUCAAAUACACAAGAUCUUAGCAGUCAGACAAAUGAAAUCUUUGAAGUAGUUGAUGGGAAUAACAACUUAUUAAAUAACAGAUUCCAGAGCUCAAGAAGAAAUCUCAACCAAGCAGUAAGAGAAAAUAACUAUCAUUUCUCUUUUGAAAUGCUUCGUCAAGCCUUCCUGUUUUGCCAAGCUGAGACAUCCUUACAUAUUAGCAACAGAAAUACAUUAGAAAUAUUUUAUGUUUUUGAGGAUGAAAAUCUUUUCAUUUGGGAAGAGGAAAACCAAUUAAAUUUAACUAAUCACGAAAGCAGUGAUGAACAAUAAGAUUUAUAAUUUCAAUAUCAGCACAGCUUUUCUUCAUCAGUGCAUUUUUUUCCUCAUAAUAAGAUGAAACACAUUGGAUGGAUAUGGACUAGAUAACAUCUAAGUUAUUUCCCACUUCUUCAAAAUGAGUUUACCCUAGAAACCUUGCCCUUGGAUAAUCCGAUUUGACUUGCAUCAUUCUUCUGUUCUUCAUUUUUCCAACAAUUA